GUCACAUCCUUCCCGUGAUGCUUAGCGAGCCCGAAAUUGAACGUUCGGCAAAAGAAAACAAUUGUAUUUUGCACGCUCUGUUUUAAAGAGUCAAACGCAUAAAACAAGAUAUUUCAACUGGAAUUGACACCACUAAGAAAAACAAGUCAACGGCGCGUGACAAGGAGAGCGUAUCCGGGAGGGGCAUCAUGGAUCAGGACUAUGAGUGCAGGCUGCUCAGACAGAUCAACAUUCAAAAUGAGAACGCAAGCCCCGUAAAAGCGUUAGGAGCGGUGCGAGCUCUGACACCCACCAGCUCCCCCCUGUCCUCCCCUAGCAAGCACGGCGAUCGCUUCAUUCCCUCCCGGGCUGGAGCCAACUGGAGUGUCAACUUCCACCGCAUCAAUGAAAUUGAAAAGUCGCACAAUCAAAACAGAAAAACCAAAGAUGGCACAACAGACAGCAACAAAGCCGAUGGUCUGGCCUACUCAGCCCUGCUGAAGAACGAGCUGCUAGGAGCCGGCAUCGAGAAAGUCCAGGACCCCCAGUCAGAGGACCGCCGUCUGCAGCCGUCCACUCCCGCCAAGAGAAGCCUUUUUAGUUAUUCUGUAAGUGCCAAGAGGGCUCUGCCAGAAGAAGAUGGAAACACAGUCUCUCCAUAUUCUCUGUCUCCUGUCAGUAGCAACAGCCAGAAACUGCUGCGGUCGCCGAGGAAACCAACCCGCAAAAUAUCCAAAAUUCCUUUCAAAGUCCUGGAUGCGCCAGAGCUUCAGGACGACUUCUACCUCAACCUAGUGGACUGGUCCUCCCUGAACGUGCUCAGUGUUGGACUGGGUACCUGUGUUUACCUGUGGAGUGCCUGCACCAGCCAGGUGACACGCCUAUGUGACCUUUCUGUAGAGGGCGAUUCUGUGACAUCAGUGGGCUGGUCCGAGAGGGGUAACCUGGUGGCGGUGGGGACUCAUAAAGGCUAUGUACAAAUCUGGGAUGCAGCAGCAGGGAAGAAGCUCUCCGUACUAGAAGGACACACAGCCAGAGUGGGUGCGUUGGCAUGGAAUGCGGACCAGCUGUCGUCCGGGAGCCGCGAUCGCGUGAUCCUGCAGAGGGACAUCCGAGCCCCGCCUCUCCAGUCGGAGCGCCGUCUCCAAGGGCACAGACAGGAAGUCUGCGGGCUCAAGUGGAGCACAGACCACCAGCUGCUAGCCUCGGGUGGAAAUGACAACAAGUUGCUGGUGUGGAACCACUCGAGUGUCCUCCCGGUGCAGCAGUACACAGAGCACUUGGCUGCAGUGAAGGCCAUCGCCUGGUCUCCCCACCAGCACGGCCUGCUGGCCUCCGGCGGCGGCACCGCCGACCGGUGCAUCCGCUUCUGGAACACCCUGACCGGCCAACCCUUACAGUGCACAGACACCGGCUCUCAGGUCUGCAACCUGGCCUGGUCCAAGCACACUAAUGAACUGGUCAGCACACAUGGCUAUUCCCAGAACCAGAUCCUGGUGUGGAAGUAUCCCUCUCUUACUCAAGUGGCCAAACUUACCGGACAUUCCUACAGAGUACUCUACCUGGCCAUGUCCCCCGACGGAGAAGCCAUUGUGACCGGAGCCGGAGACGAAACACUUCGCUUCUGGAACGUCUUUAGCAAGAUGAGAUCCACCAAGGAAUCGGUGUCAGUGCUGAACCUCUUCACCAGGAUCCGGUAGUAAGCAAGCCUCUGUACCAUGACGGAAUAAAGCCAGGAAGGGAAUUAAUCUUUGCAUGUAUCAAGCUGUAAACGGGCCCAUUCUUUGAGUUUUCACCUCAGUAGUCUACAGAGGCCCCACCCCCCCCCCCCCCCCCCCCCCCCCCCCCCCCCCCCCCCCCCCCCCCCCCCCC